AUGGCGCUACCGGAGCAAGCGCGGCGCGUGGAAGAGGAGCAGAAGACGCGCGAGGAGAGACUUGGAAAAGAAUCCAGACGUUUCAACCUGGAUCAAUAA